AUGAUAUGGGUUCUUGUUAAUCUUCGUGAAGGUCAUGAUGUCCCAAUUGAUUGCAGUCAUGAUAAGAUUGUUUCUACUCUUAUCUCUCAACUGGGUCAGAUCUUUGCUCUCAAAAAGUUGGGUCUUGUAGACUACUUCCUCAGUAUUCAAGUUACUUCAAUAGAAGAUGGAAUUCUAUUAUCUCAAACGAAGUACCUGAACAAUCUUUUACACAAAUUCCAAAUGCAAGGAGUCAAUUCUCAAAACUCCCCAAUAAAUGAUAGUCUUCGAUUAUCUUUAUAUGAGGGUGAUCCUAUUACUGAUGUUACACUUAAUCGAUCAGUUGUUGGUGCUUUGCAAUAUAUUUCCGUCAAGCGCAUUCUUAGAUACUUGGCUGUAACACUUGAUUUUGGGUUACUCAUCUCUAAAGCUUCACAUUUUCAUCUUGAGGCCUUUUGUGAUGCAGUCUGGGAUUCGGAUCUCGAUGAUCGUGGUCUACAACUGAGUUUUGUGUGUACUUACACUUGUUUCCUGGGGGUCUAA